AUGGGAGAAGUCACAGUGGUGCCUACAAGGAAGCUGGGAUCUCAAGGUUUUGAGGUUUCAGCAAUCGGUUUGGGAUGUAUGGGCAUGUCUCCUCUACAUGGCCCUACUAAAUCUGAAGAAGAUAUGAUUCAAGUCAUUCAGACCGCCAUUAAACUGGGUAUCACAUUUCUUGAUACCUCUGAUCUCUAUGGCCCCCACACCAACAGUACCAUCAUCGGCAAGGCUCUGAAGGGGGAAAUGAGACAUAAAGUCCAACUGGCUACCAAAUUUGGGAUUAAGUCACUCUCUGGUGAGACAGGGAUGGUGGUGUGUGGGGAUCCUGCAUACGUCAAGGAAUCCUGCUAUGCAAGUUUGAAGCAACUUGGGAUCGCCUGUAUCGAUCUUUAUUAUGUUCAUCGUGUUGAUACAAGCAUCCCUAUUGAACUCACGAUGGAAGCAUUGAAGGAGCUGGUUGAAGAAGGCAAGAUCAAAUACGUUGGUCUUUCUGAAGCUUCGCCACAAACAAUCAGACGGGCACACGCAGUUCAUCCGAUAACAGCUGUUCAGCUAGAAUGGUCCUUGUGGACAAGAGAUGCUGAAGAGGAAGUGAUUCCUACUUGCAGAGAACUUGGAAUCGGGAUAGUCCCAUUCAGUCCUCUAGGGAAGGGAUUCUUUUCAUCUGGUCCAAAGGUGGUCGAAAACUUUGCAAGCAACGACUUCCGAAGGCAUCUACCGAAAUUUCAGGGAGAAAACCUUGAGCACAACAAGAUUGUGUUUGAAAGGGUGAAUGAAAUGGCAAGAAAGAAGGGAUGCAGCCCGGCUCAGCUAGCGUUGUCGUGGCUACUACACCAAGGGGGUGACGUUUGUCCGAUACCUGGUACGACCAAAAUCGAAAACCUGAAGCAAAACGUUGGAUCUGUUGUUGUAAAACUAACAAGGGAAGACAUGUUGGAACUUGAAUCAAUGGCAGCAGGUGUGAAAGGGGAUAGGUAUUCACCUGCAGUAAUGCAAGAUACUUGGAGGUAUGCGAACACUCCACCUUUAUCAUCUUGGCAACCUGCAUGAACUCUUGAAUUGUAGCUAAAAUUUUCACAUCUUGAGAUGUGGUUUCUAAAUAGAAUGCGGUUGAGACUUUUAGC